AUGUCUCAUCGUCCUCCACGCGUGGAGGUGAACCGGGCUAAUGGUCAUUCUUCCCAGCAAAACUCAUCCCCCGGAACAGUCCAUGCAGCACGUGUUGCAGAAUACCGCCGCGUUUACCAGUCCUUCCACAUCCACUAUCGAGUCAGCAUGAGCACUUCUCUACCGUCGGGGGCGAUGGGCUGGCCAAACUCGGAAGGCAGCGUGAGCAGCAAGGACCCUGGAAUGGUACUGUAUGGAAGGAUUCGGAUGCUAAAAGGUGCCAACCUGGAAGCGACCAAGAACGAGAUCGACUGGCUGCGAGCAAGACUUGGGCCUCUAAGUAGUGUGGAUCAUUCUCGCAACCGGCGUGCAAAGGCCGCAAUGAUUGAAGUGGGCAACAUGUGGCGGAACAAGUGUCGUCAUGUGUUCGACGCAAGUCCGGAGUCUAUGGUGCCUACGCCAGCGGAACUACAGAAAGACAUUAACAAGAUCUGGGUGGAGAUGUACAGUAUCAUGACGGACGUUAUGUUGCUAGAACAGAUGUUCAAAAAACCUUGA